AUGCGCACAUGCCCCACUGUGGCACUGAAAGUCAUAUUGGAGCUCACACCGCUGCACCAGGUGAUAAAACAAGCAGCAAAACACACCAUGCUGCUAAUGUCAGCAGAAGGCUGCGGUAGAGGAAAGUUAAUGUCCUCCAGACAGAUGGACGUACUGGCGGAAAGCACACCGCUAGUCCUCCUCCCAAAGGACGGCACAACGAAGAAAAUAAACUUCAAAAGAAAUUUCAAAGUUACUCUCGGCAGCAAGACGGAGUGGAGCGAUUCCACGCUGGAAAGACUGCUGGAAGACAGUACCAUUCAGUGGUACACUGAUGGCUCAAAAACACCGGAGGGUAUUGGGGCAGGUAUUGCGGGACCGCGUACUAAGCUGUCCAUACCAAUGGGCUGCUUCCCAAGUAUCUUCCAGGCUGAAGUUUUUGCCAUAGGUCAGUGCGCUGAAGUCAACCUCAGCCGCAACUAUCGCAACCAGCGUAUAGCUAUUCUCAGUGAUAGCCAAGCGGCACUAAAGGCGAUUUCAUCAUAUGAGAUCAAAUCGCUUUUAGUUGAGGAAUGCAUAGAAAGGCUAAACCGCCUGUCCUUGUGCAACCGGGUGCACCUAAUUUGGGUGCCAGGGCACAAAGGAAUAGAAGGAAACGAGAAGGCCGACGAACUGGCCCGCGCUGCGGCAGCGUCCAAGGUGAUGGGACCAGAACCAUACAUAGCGGUAGGAUCCCACACUUUUAAGGAGCUGCUCCGCACGGAGGAAAGAACGGAGAGAGAACGGCAUUGGCAACAAUCAUCAGGCAUGCGCCACGCCAAACUGCUACUAGGGGGGUACAGUCUCUCCAGGUUCAAGGAACUUAUUCACCUCCCCCGUGACAAAUUCCGUCUCCUCGUCGCAAUUUACACAGGGCACUGCAGGCUCAGGAAGCACUUGUCCAACAUGGGCAUAGUCUCCUGUGCUAACUGCCGGUUCUGCGACCUGGAACAGGAAACACCAGCACACCUAAUCCUGGAUUGCACAGCAAUCUGUGGAAAAAGGCUUAAGGCCCUGGAUUCCAUCUAUAUCAGCAGGGAUCACAUCACCUCAGUAGCGCCCGGCAAACUAGCAGCCUCAGAGCUAUUCAGGCUGCUGGGACUCUGGGAAGACAUUGUAUGGUGA